UCGGCCAACUGCCUUUUUGAUGCCGCCAAGACUAAUCCAUGCAUCGUCUGAGUACUUCGAGCCUAUGCCACAGUUCAGCCACGCUGCAUCCUGAAUUUCGAACGCUUGAGGGGACCAGCAGGCCUAACCAGGGGGAGUCGCAGGUUUGACCUACCAUAAAUCGUAUCGGCAUUUUGCCCUGAGGUCGGCUCCCACGAGGAUGCUUGCUCGACUUCGUAGAAUCCACCCCAGCGUGGCAUCCUCCUCUUCGUCUACUCAUGCGUUCCUCUUUCUAAGGUUGUAAUAUUCUCAUGACCUAUACCAGCUUGCCUCCGGGCAUCUCCCCGCCUUUGGCGGAGAACAAUGCCCACAACCAUACCGGGCUGAUCAUCAUCUUCGCAAGCGUGUGUCUUUUCCUGGUCCUCAGCUCACUGGCCAUGCGCGUCUACGCAACGACGCAGCGGUCGAUGGCAUUGAGCGAUGACUAUCUUCUGGGGGUUGCAGUGGCAGUCGCCAUCGCGCAAAUAAGUGUCGUUCUCUACCAAACGCACCUAGGCUGGGGAAAGAGCUCCGAACUCCUCGACCACUCCAGCACAGAGAGAAUGGACAAGAGCGCAUACGCCUCCGACCUGCUCUACCUCAUUGUCCUCGGCCUCUCCAAAUGCUGCACCAGUCUUCUAUACCAACACCUGACCACUCACGCAGCUCGCUGGAUCCCACGCAGUCUCUUGGGUGUGUCCAUCAUCUGGACAAUAGUAUCAAUCAUCCUCAUCGGGAUCCGCUGCAGCAGGACCCAACCAUGGACCGACAUCAACGACAAAUGCCGCAGUCUACAACCCCACUGGACAGCAACCACCGCCCUGGACAUCCUUCUCGAAAUCCUCCUAUUCAUCUACCCCAUCAAACUAAUCUACAGCCUCCGACUCCGCCGAUCCCGCAAACUAACCGUUCUCUCCCUCCUUGGCAGCCGGGGAAUCCUCCUCAUCCCCCUAACAACCAUCCACUACCGCACCCUCCUCACCCAACUCCACUCCCCGAACCCAACCCUCCAAGCCUCCACCCCGACCAUCCUAAAAGAACUAUACCUCGCCACCAGCAUCCUCCUCCUCACCCUCUCCUCCUUCAAGAUGUUGAUCGCCGUCUACGAGGACGACGACGGCCUCGCCUAUUACACCAGUGACGGCGGCGCCCACAACAGCAAAUCCCGGCACCAGAACACGACCAGGAAGACGCGGGACGCUGGUGGUUCCCGCUCGUCGAAGCACUAUACCACGAAAAUACCCCGCAGCGGUCUGCAAGAGGGUCGGGGUUACAGUACUGAUGGCACUGGUGGUGGUGGUGGUGAUACCAUCGAGGAGGAGCCGAUCCUGGGGCGCCAUGCCUGGGGCGGUCAGCAGCAGCUGGGGGUGACGGGAAUGGGGAUUCGGAAGGACGUGCAGAUUGAGGUGACGAAAAAAUGGUCCGAGGAGAGAUGA